AUGGGUAAGCGUAAAUCCAAACGUAAAGCACCACCGAAACAAAAGCGCGUGGAUACACUUUCGCUCGUGUUUUCUUGUCCGUUUUGUUCACAUGACCGAUCGUGUGAAGUGAAAAUUGAUCGCAAAGCGAGUGUUGGAACAAUUGAAUGUCGUAUGUGUCAAGAGCAAUAUUCGACAUCAGUUCACUAUUUAACUGAACCUAUUGAUGUAUACAAUUCUUGGAUCGACGCAUGUGAAGAGCAAAAUUGUGAAUAA